GUAAUCUAGUUGAGUCGUUAGAGGAGGUUCUAUUUUCCUUUUGAAAAAAAAAAGAAAAAAAUAAAGGUUCCAUUUUAGCUGUGGUACGGGCACAAGCCACAAGGCGAGGAAGAGUAAAACUGUAUUUGUAGGAACUUCCUUCAUCAAUGCAGAUAUUCUUUCUUUCCGACACUCUCUACAUUCAAACAAGAUCAUUCUUCUAAUUCUAACUCUAUCAAAAUUGGAAAAAAAAUAAAAAAUUCUUUGAAAUAUUUUGUACUUUAUUCAACUAUUAAAUGGCGGUUUUAGCGAAUCCGCUUAUUCAUCUGCCACUAUAUUUAGCAAAAACCUCUUUCAAAUGCUCCAGAAAGUCUGUUAGAACUCCAAUUAUUCGUUUGAGUUCGGAAGAUCAUGAUAGCAUGGAAUUAUCUCAGCCGUCUACUAGCCAAUCGGAACUGCAAACUAGUGAUGUAUGGCUACUCUUCACAGAAGCUCAGCAGAACAUAUUGUACUUGAACAAACAACGUACGGCAGCUUUAGAGGAGCUGAGUAAGGUGAAAAAUGAAAUUCAAACUUUGCAUCAAAGAAUAGAGACUCUGGAGGCUGGGAAGCAUAAAAGUACUGGAAGAGAUGAAUCAAUUCUCUGGGAAUUACUUCUUCGGAUUGAUUCAAUGGUCCUCACAGGCAUGAUUGAGAGAGGAGAUGCAUGUGAUUUACGAAAGCUGGUCAUGGAUUCUAAGGUCAGUUUACAGGAUGACUUCAUUCCUCUUUUGCAGAAGAGGGAUGCUGAGCUUUUGGCAGAACUGCGCCGAUUGUCAGAGCAAACUAAAAGGAAUGGCUUUUAUAUUAUACACGUUUGCACCGAAAUGGAGCCAAUGAUUUCUGUUGGAUCUUUAGGACCUUAUGUUACCGGCAUAUCACGUGCUUUGCAAAGGAAGGGAAAUUUGGUUGAGGUUAUUUUACCAAAGUAUAAAAGCUUGGAUUUGACUGAGGUACAAGGAUUACAAGAAAUACAAACGGAAUUUUAUUCAUAUUUCAAUGGACAAUUACAUGGAAACAAAGUAUGGACUGGUGUGGUCAAUGGGAUUGGAGUGACUUUUAUUCAGCCUCUGUACAAUUUGUCAUUCUUUGACCGUGAGAUGGUUUAUGGCUACUCUGAUGAUUUUGAAAGAUUCACAUACUUCUCUCGUGCUUCAUUGGAUUAUUUGGUAAAACUGGGAAAGUAUCCUGAUGUUUUACAUAUACAUAAUUGGGAGACUGCUAUAAUUGGGCCACUCUUCUGGGAUAUAUUUUCUAACCAGGGAUUUGCAGGUACCAGAAUACUAUUGACAUGCCAAAGCUUUGCUUCCCAGUGCCUUGAGCAGCCUGAAAAGCUUGAACUCUGUGGACUUGAUCCCUCUAGAAUUAAUCGUCCAGAUCGUCUGCAAGAUAAUAAUAAGCCGCAUCUUGUGAAUCUUUUGAAGGGUGGAGUUGUUUACUCCAAUAAAGUAGUGGCUAUGUCAUCCAUGAAUUCAAAAGAAAGAAUCAUCCAGAGUCUAGGUCAUGGCUUGGAGACAACGUUGUCCAUUCAUAAGGAUAAGCUAGUUAUUGCUCCAUAUGGAUUUGAUCAAACCACUUGGGAUCCUUCGAGGGAUGAAUUACUUCCUGAAAACUAUAGUGUCAGUGACAUGAAUGGAAAAGCCAUUUGUAAAGGUUCACUACAGAGACGCAUGGGAUUAAUUGAGGAUGCUUCAUCUAUACUGGUUGGAUGCAUCUUCUUUGAAAUUUCAGAUGUGGAUCUGGAGAAUCUGAUGCAGAUUACUGCUUUGAGUGGAAUUCAGUUUGUCAUUAUUGGAGAAAGCAAGCUACCUAGCAUCAACAAUGUGCUACAAACUCUCAGUGGAGUUAAGGAUAAGAAUGUGAGAUUUAUAAACAAGUAUGACGAAGCUUUAUCGCACUUGAUAUUUGGAGGAUCAGAUAUAAUAUUGUGCUACUCAUAUGAAGAUCCAGUGCUGCAAGUGCCGCUUAAAGCUAUUAGAUAUGGAGCUGCCCCCAUCUUGGUGACUUCAAUUGAAAGAAGAUUCAGGCAUUUUGUAGAGCUUGACUUUGGAAGCACUCAGUUUUCUCAGUACAUCUCAUUUUCUGGCAUGUCAUUAAAGCAAGCUCUCUAUGAAAUUAAAAAUAAUCCUGUAGAGUGGAGCCGAAAGAUAGAAGAGGCAAUGUUGAAGGACUUUUCAUGGGACGCCGAGUGUUAUGAUGUGCAUAUAUCUGCUUAUGAAUCUUUAAAGAACUUGUAAAACCUUGUAUUAUACAUUUGGUGUAAAAUCAUGGCUCUGUUAGUUGGAUGAAAAUGUUAUCCCAGAAAAUGCUUUCCCCACUUUCCGCUGUUUAAUUUAGAACGAGAAGAAGCGGGAAAUCAGGUCUAAAAAUUGAUUAUACAUCAUGAAAAAAAUUAUUUUUCUCUUUUA